CAUCAAUCAACAAAAUAAAUAAAUAAAUAAACAAACGGAUCAAAAGCAGCAGCAGUAGUCAGUAGACGCCUUCCAAGACAAGCUCAAGCAAAAGCAAGAGACACCAACCGGCGGCGAGGAGGCAGGAAUCGCGGCGGCGGGGUCGCCGGAGAUGGGGAGGGAACGGGGUGGCGGCGAGGGGAUGACGAUGCUGCAGCGGUGGUCGUCGUCGGUGUGGAGCGUGAGCGGGAGCGGGCGGCUGCUGUGGGCGGACAAGGCGUGGCGCGCGCACGCCGCCAUGGCGUUCACCCAGCUCGCCUACGGCGGCUACCACGUCCUCACCAAGUCCGUCCUCAACGUCGGCAUGAACCAGAUCGUCUUCUGCGUCUACCGCGACCUCGUCGCCCUCGCCCUCCUCGCCCCCGCCGCCUUCUUCCGCGAGCGCCGCACCCGCCGCCCCCUCACCCCUCACCUCCUCGCCUCCUUCGCUCUCCUCGGCUUCACCGGGAUCUUCGGGAACCAGCUCCUGUUCCUGCUGGGCCUCAGCUUCACCAACGCCUCCUACGCCGCAGCCUUCCAGCCAGCCAUACCGGUGUUCACAUUCCUCCUAGCCGCAAUCGUCGGUGUUGAGGUGAUCAAUAUCUUCACCAAGGACGGCAUCGUCAAGGUUCUUGGCACGGCUGUGUGCGUCUCCGGAGCCGUGCUGAUGGUGUUCUAUAGAGGUCCAUCCUUGAUUGGCAUGGGAGGAGGAGGAGGAGGAGGCUCCAAUGGUGUGGGUGAGAAUGUCCUGGCCGGCACAUGGAGCAGCAAUUCUUACACGCCCCAAUGGUUGACAUCGGCCAUGCUCCAAUACGGUCUAGAAACAUGGAAUCUUGGUGUCAUCUGCCUCAUUGGGAACUGCUUCCUGAUGGGCGCUUAUCUGGUCAUACAGGCUCCAGUGCUGAUAAAAUAUCCCGCGAGCUUAUCCUUAACAGCUUACUCUUAUUCAUUUGCCACUGUAUUCAUGGUGCUGACAGGGGUAGUUACAACCAAUGGGCUCCAUGAAUGGGCAUUGACAACGACCGAGAUCAUUGCUAUUCUAUAUGCUGGAAUUGUUGCAUCUUGCUUGAAUUACGCAAUCAUGACUUGGUCAAACAAAAUCCUUGGUCCUUCUCUGGUUGCCCUCUACAAUCCACUCCAACCAGCAUGUUCUACCAUCCUGUCAACUAUAUUUCUUGGUACCCCAAUAUAUCUUGGAAGCAUUAUUGGAGGAGUCUUUAUCAUUGCUGGUCUAUACCUUGUUACCUGGGCCCGUUACAAUGAGGCGCAAAGGGUACUGGCAAUUGGAUAUUUAGACCCUCUUCUUGUGGAGGAUGAGGAUCCACCAACUCCCAAGACACAGGAAAGUUCUUUCACUGGCUCCAUUGAUCCUUAAAUGAGCUGUCCUGAACAGUAGCUGCAGAAUUACUUCACGUAUAAAUACAGUUCUCGCCUAUACUCCUACGUCAAGAUUUCCAUCACUUUUAGAAUUUGUAGUUGGUUUAUGUUCCAUCUCCAUCAUCAGGAAUAUCAGAAUACUGAGCUCUAUGCUGAAAAUAAGUUUGAACAAUAGCCAUUGUUUUGAGCUCAUAUCAAGGAGCCAUUUUUUCAUCAAUGGAGGUGCCAUUGGCUAACAAUGGUCAGUGAUCCUCCAGCUUCAACAGUUGUUUUUACAGCCCACUGGUGGUCACCAGUAGGAACAGCUUCAGUGAUUAAAGCAGGUUGUUCUCUAGGCCUGGGAACUCAAUCUGAAACAGAGUUGAGUUAUUGAUUACUUGCGGCAAGACAGCUGUUCUUCUCUGAUGAUGGGACCCAAUGUAUUCUUUGCUUUGUUCAAGUUUAUGUCUUGAGAGCACAAUAGUUUCUGUCCAAGGAAAAGAGAGAAUUCCAGGAUUGUGCUUUCGUUGUGUCUGUCUAGUAAUGAUUCCGUUGCUUCAUUUGUUUUAUAUAUGUGAUGUAAAUUGUCAGUACACACUGUUACUUUUUUGUAUUACCUAGUGUAAAGUAUAUAAAGGAAAACACUGUAUGCAAAAUCCUUACUGUCUAGUGCAUAUUCUUGUUCUGCAA